AUGGGCAACUUCUACUUAACUGGUCGGGAUCCCCUGUUUUACGCCCACCAUUGUAACGUGGACCGGAUGUGGAACAUUUGGAAAACCCUCGGGGGCAAGCGUAAGGACCCAACCGACACCGAUUGGCUCGACGCUGAGUUUCUUUUCUACGACAAAAACGCGGAGAUUCCAACCGCUUGUAAGCCGAAGACCAAGACCAAAGCCAAGGUGGCGGCUACUGAGCUGACAACCAAGUUCCCAGCAACGUUUGACUCAAAGACGACGGUGGAGGUAGCGAGGCCAAAGCUGAAGAAGAGGACCAAGAAGGAGAAGAGCAACGAGGAGGAGGUGCUGAUCAUCAAGGACAUCGAGUUUGAGAGCAACGAGGCGGUGAAGUUCAAUGUGUUUAUUAAUGACGAUGCUGAUUCGCUGAGUCGGAAGGACAAGUCUGAGUUUGUCGGGAGUUUUGUGCACGUGCCGCAUAGCCAGAAGACUGGCCUAAAAACAAGUCAAGUCAUUUCGUUUAUUUGUGAAAAAACGAAUUGUGAUUCUUUAUUUGUUGUUUACUAA